GAAUAUAAGUUGGCGCUUCUACAAUGCUAUGGAAGAUACCUUCAGCAGUUUGUUUCUGUAAACCUUGAUAAUAUCAUAGAUGAUGUGCAUCGAUUUAAAUCCACCUUUUUUCCAAAUGGUUUCAGGGACAAAAAUGCAGCACUUACGAUAUUUGCUCGCCGUGGUCUGAUUAAAAUUGAUGAACUGAAGCAAUUGGAAAAUAUCAGUUCUUUGCUGGAAAAUUCAGAGACAAAAACAAUUUUUAGAGAGGCCACUCUAAAGAUGUCAGUAAUGAUUUUCAAGAGAGCCGUAUAUGAAUCCAGAAGAAAGCCAAAAAACUACUUUCGACCUAAGUUAAGAGUUAGCCUGAAAGAAGCACGAAAUUUGUCAUGGCCUCGCACUACUACCGAACGGCUGCUGACAGAAAUGUUUGACAGUGCCGCAGCUCAAUUUCUUGCCAUCCUGGAAGCUCUGUCUGAUAGUAGCAGGCAUGUGUUACACCCUGCUCCACCUGUUCCCGAUGAAAUUGAAAUUCGUGAUGUCAUUUCAGAGCUUUUUUUUGCAGGCCUGGAAAUCCUCUCAGGAGAAAAGGGGGUGUCUGCAGAUGCUGCUGUGAAAUUUGUAAAAUUAGCUUUCAGCUAUGAAGAGUGGGACGUGUUUGAUUCUGCUAUUGAAUUUGUUGUUGAUUUUCUUCAGGCUCAAGAUGACCCAACAUGGAAGAAAGCUGAAAUGGAACUCAAACUUCUCACGCUGAUGCAACCUUUACUAUUUCCAAGAAAAUUUAAACAUGGUUUUUCUGUUAGUGAAAAUAAUACCAAAGAAGCUAGGAUGCCUCAUGGUUCCGAAAAGAAGCAAACAUUCAGAAGAAAAAGAAGUGCUUCUUUCUCAGAAGAUGAAACCUAUGAUAUUCCUGAAAUACUGAUGAAAAGUCCUACUGAACAAUUACAAGUUGCUUAUGAAAGUCUUGAAAAAGCAAUUAAUGGAAUGAACACAUCUCGCUUAAUGACCCUUCUACCAGAUGGAAAGUCGAUAUUUGACAACUGCUGUACAAAGGUGGACUCAAGCGAUGAGAAUUUGAAUUCUGUUUUGGGAUGUGGUAAUGAUAUGACAGGAACAGGUAAUGGUUUUCUAAUGGAUUUACACUUGGAGCUCAUUCAGGCCCAACAUCGAGUAGCUGUGAAACUUCUUAAAAUAGCAGAAGGUGCUGAAAAGGAUGACAGAAGCUUUACAUCUAGCAAGUCUCAUGUGAAGAAUAUUAAAGAUUUCCAUUAUUUAACAGAGGCACUUAUAAUGAGAAAAAUAAAAAAGAAUAAGCUAUCCAGAGCAAUCUUUUUGAUGCAAAAGGCUGGACAGAAGUUCCCUAAAGGGUUAACCACUUCUUCCCAAAGGCAGCUACUGGAGGUUUCAUGGUACAGUAUUUUGGGCUGUGUAGCAGGAGGAAGUAAUAUGAAAGUAAGGUUAAAUAACAAUAAACUCCCAAAUGCAGGAGAAGAGAUACCAGCUGAUGGGAAAAGCCUCUUGGAAAUACAAGGCUUAGAUCCCAAUGAGAAAUACAUAUUUGCAGUUGCAGCGUAUUCUUCUGAUGGAAAACUUAUUGGUGAUGCCGUUGGGGAAACGACUAAACCAAUCCUUGCUUAUCCACCUCUUUCUGUUACUACUGUUCGAGCCUAUCUAACUCAGGUAGCCUAUCAGACUGGCCACUAUACACUAGCCAGAGAAGCAUUUUCACCAAUGUGGGAUUAUUUUGUUUCAAAUUCUUCUCCACUGCCUGCCAAUGCAGUUGUUAUUUCUGCAAGUAGUAAUUUGACUAUAUCUGAAAACAGGUUACGUUUUGAAGCUGUAUCUCAGAGUUCUCCUAUUACCUUGCACCUCUUUCUAAGGAAUAUAUUUGCUGUCUGUGAUAUUAAUGUCAUGGAAGGAGCACUCUUCUGUGAUUCCAUCUGUUCCAAUGAGAUACUUUAUAAGGAACAAGUUGCUAGAUUAGCAGAAUGUGAAAGAAUGACUGUGGCAAUUGAACUUAGCAAUUGGUUGAAUGAUGCAAGCUACACCCUGCAGUCUGUUGUACAAUGUUAUGGUCUCCUUGCUCCAAUUAUUUAUCACAAGAUCUCUUCAGUGCCAGUAGUUCAGAUCCUCAUUAAGUGCUUGGCUGUCCUUCAAGAAAUUCCAAGUGCUACUUUGCAGAGGAGGCAGGCAGGAUGUUACGAGAGUAUUCAGCAUAUGAUAGCUUGCACUUCAUUUUAUACAGCAAAGGUACUACGUUCAUGGAAAGAAUAUGAACUAGCAGUAAUUAUUGUUAACUAUGGCAAAAAAUUGUUGGAUUCCUCAUCAGCAACUUCACCCAGCUUGUCAGGAUCUAUGAAAACUGAAGAAAUACACGCUAACGAAGUUAAAGCCACUUCUGCAAAGACGUCCCAUUUAGCUGCAAUAGAAAAAGCAACAGAAAAUCUAAGUGCUCUUGAAUCAAAUCUCCUCAGACUGACAAAACCAGUGAGAGAUGUAAAAGCAAACUCUGUGCUAAAGAAGGAUUUUUCUAGGCUUCAGUUACGAUUCCAGGUAGAGUUUCUGUUGUACACUAUCACUGCUUGUCAUAAUGGAUUUGAUUUGGUUAUUGAUGUAGCGCAUGGAUCAGAGCUUACAGGACAGGAAGAUCCUUUGUUCCUCUACCCUGUAAUUUCAUGUUGGACAUCAAACAGUGCUUAUCGAGAAGUGAUGAAAUUCAGAAAGAAAUCACGUUUUCUUGAGUUCUUUGUUCAAGUUUUGCACAAAAUCCUGAAUGAAGAGAAGUUCCAGUGCGCUCUGGAAUGGGCAAGCAAUGUGCAAGUUUACUUGAAAAGGAGGAACGACCACCUUCUCUGUAUCAAUGGAAUUUCAACACAAGAAACAAGUUCUCCCACUCUGCCAGAACGCACGGAUAGAUACACUGCAGGAGUUGUGGAGUUUCAGAAAGGUAAGGAGACCUCACCUUUAAAGAAACCAAAGGCAUCAACUUUGAAGAAACCAAGAAAAGAAGCCAUGAGUCCUAUUCGAAAAAGACAGACUCUUAGACAGUAUUUCAUGAAACACCCAAACAUAAUGAAAUCUCCAGAAGCACAAAGGGAAUGCAAGGAAGAGUUGCAAAAAGUAGCUCGUCACACCUUAGUGGUACUGCUGAAACCGGUAGUGAGCAAUUACUUAAACCAAAAGAAGUUUCAUCAAAUGUGUCUUGAAGAGAUGCCCUGGAGGUCUCAGAUGAAUAUCUAUCUGGCAGUUGCACACUACAACUUACUUAAAAAGAAACUGGAAGAGCAAUAUAACAUUGGAAUUUAUGGUUCACAGCAUCUGGACAGUUACAGUAUUUUGGAUCCUGAAAUAUUCUCAUUAAAUAAUUCUGGCUCUGUAGUGGUGAGAGAAGCCAUAGAGAAUAACAUGAGAACACCAACUCCUCAUCUCCUUAAAAAGUCAGGAAUGACCGAAACCCAAACUUGUACAGAUAUAUCUUCUGAGCACAGCAUUACACUGAGUGGAACAGAUACUUCUCCAACUCAAACAACAAAUGAUACAGAAAUACCCAUCUCUCAUUCCCCCAAAGUUCUUGCUCACCGUGGUGGCCACUGGACAUUGCUUCAAAAUGCUUGUCGAGAACUUUGGAACUAUACUCAAGAAUUGCAAUUGAUUGCUAACCAUUCGCAUUCCCAUAAAGAGGCAUUUCCCAUUUCCAGGGGUUUUCUUAGGAACACCAUCUGGUUGCCAUUUUAUUUGGCAUCAGACAUGAUCAUUGAUAUGAUAACUGAGCUACAAGCAAGUGGGUCUCUUAAGAUUGUGGAUCCUGAAGGAGACUUCUGCAUUCCCAGUUGUUUAGGAGGUGUUAUGUAUGAGAAUGGUGGUUCUAAUCUCCAUCCACAGUCUCCCCUGGAUGAUGUGAAUGUGGUUGACUUGAAAUGGAUAUGUAACCUGAUUCUUAAAGCAAUAGAAUUGUUAUAUCAAAUGAAGAAGUGGGAAGCACUGGUACAUAUAGCUGUACAAUUUAACAUAUUUACACAAGCUGCUUUCAAAUAUUGGUGUCAAGCCCUUGAUGAAACACUCAACAUUGCUGAUGCUCUUAGCAACUGGCAAGAGUUAGGUUUUCCAAAAAAUGCUACAGACUGCUCUGCAGUUGGAAGAUCAACUGAUACUAGUCAGAAAUUUCUUUCUCAGGCUGGAGUUUGGGGAUGUUUACAUGCAGCAGUCUUAGUGGCUAAGAUAGCUCAGUACAUAACAACAUCAAAGAUGAGAUUAAGAACUAAAUACUGCUAUUUUUCUGCUGUACUUUUUAAGACCCUGUUUAGAGCUUCUCUUCCACAUCCGACAUCUGAUUGUGACUUUGCUCAAUAUGAAAUAAAUGUGCUUAUUCCUGGUAUCGACUUGUUCUCUGAUCGCUACAGAGCUGAUAUCUCUACUGUAGUUGCAAGUCUGAAUUUCAUUAUGUUUGAACUACAUUGUGCAAAACAAAAUUUAAUAAUUUUACCAUUGUUUACAUUAUACCAAUACAUUGUUUCUGAGAUUUGCAAGGACCCAACUAAAUGUAUUGAAGGAAGAAUCUUCAAGAUUAAUGUACUUACAGAUAUAGGAUUUUUUACGGAGGCCUUUCAUGAACUGUCUUUGCUUAACUGUGGGGAGAGAAUUCCAUCGAAAAUACCUGCAGGAUACAGAAAAAUUGAACAAAUGAAGGCCUUAAAGAAAUUUGACUCCUCAAAAUCUCUCCUGCAUGUUACAAAUUUACAGGCACUGGAAGACAUAUUUAAUUGGAGUCUAUCUUUAACAAUGGUGCCACUGUGCAGCCAACAAAUUGUGAAUAAAUUAACCUUAGCCAAAAUGCAUUUCAUCAUUUGCCUUUCUGCCACAAUAAAUAAUAUACCUGAAAAAGUGGAAAAACACAUCUAUUCUGUUGAUAACAAAAGCUUGAGGGAGACAAGCAGAAUUACAGCAUCAAAUGUAAAAGUUGAUGCUGAUAAGAAUUCAAGACAACAGGAACAAAGAGACACAAUGGUGCAGCUCGUCUGUAAAGAUGAAUUAAAUAUGGCCAUGCUGAAGGGGAUUUUAUUGAUGGAAGCUGAAGAAAGUCUUAGCCAUCUUGUGCAGAAUAUACAGGACAAAUAUGAUGGGGAGAUAUCUCGAUGUGCUGCUGAAGAUUUAGAGGCUCUUAUUGAGGCCAAACUCCAGCUUGCUGCUAUUUCUCAGCAAAGGCAUCAAGCAGCUCUUAG